GAUGCGAACACCAGAUUUUAGGGAGAUGCCAAAUUUGGAGUAUUUGAAUCUGUCAUGAUGUAGUAAUCUUGAAGAGGUUGAUGGUUCGCUGGGGUAUUGCGGAAAACUCAUUCGGUUAGAUUUGAGCUGUUGUGACAGCCUUAAGAGGUUUCCAUGUGUUAACGUGGAAUCUCUUGAAUAUCUGGGUCUACGGUGGUGCUCUAGUUUAGAGAAAUUUCCAGAGAUCAAGGGAAGAAGUAAGCUGGGGUUAGAGAUUAACAUGCGUCAUUCUGAGGUAAGGGAACUACCAUCAUUUAUUCUGUACCUAACUCAUCUUACGGAGCUAGAUUUGAUACAUAUGGAAAACCUUGUAUCUCUUCCAAGCAGCAUUGGCAUGUUGAAAAGCUUGGUGGAGCUAAAUGUGUCUUUUUGCUCAAAACUUGAAAGCUUGCCAGAAGAGAUAGGGGAUUUAGAAAACUUGGAGAAGCUUGAUGCCAGGUAUACUCUAAUUUCACGACCUCCGUCUUCCAUUGUCCGGUUGAACAAGCUUAAAUACUUGCAUUUUGGAAAAAAAAAAAUCAGAAGUAGGCCUCCAAGAUGGAGUGUGCUUUGAGUUCCCUUGGGUGAAAGACCGAUUACGCUCAUUGGAAGAUUUGGAUCUCAGUUACUGCAAUCUAAUAGAUGGAGGACUUCCGGAAGACAUAGGAUCCUUAUCCUCUUUGAAAGGGUUGAAUCUCAAUGGAAAUAAUUUUGAGCAUUUGCCUCGAAGCAUAGCCCAACUUGGUGCUCUUCAAUCCUUGUACUUAUCAGAUUGCAAGAGGCUUAAAGAGUUGCCAGGUUUCAUGGGGAUGCCAAAUUUGGAGACUUUGAAUCUGGACAAUUGCGAUGAUGUUGAAGAGGUUGACGAUUCACUGGGGUAUUGCGGAAAACUCAUUGGGUUAGAUUUGGGUUAUUGUAGAAGCCUUAAGAGGUUUCCAUGUGUUAACGUGGAAUCUCUUGAAUUUCUACAUCUAAGAGACUGCUCUAGUUUAGAGAAAUUUCCAGAAAUCAGGGGAAGAAUGAAGCCGGAGUUAAAGAUUGAGAUGAAAGACUCUGGGAUAAGGGAACUACCAUUAUCUUUUUUUCAGUCCGGAACUCAUCUUACGGAGCUAGAUUUGUGUUAUAUGGAAAACCUUGUAUCUCUUCCAAGCAGCAUUGGCAUGUUGAAAACCUUGGUGGAGCUAGAUGUGUCUCAUUGCAUAAAACUUAAAAGCUUGCUAGAAGAGAUAGGGCGUUUAGAAAGCUUGGUGGAGCUAGAUGUGUCUUCUUGCACAAAACUUGAAAGCUUGCCAGAAGAGAUAGGGGAUUUAGAAAACUUGGAGAAGCUUGAUGCCAGGUAUACUCUGAUUUCACGACCUCCGUCUUCCAUUGCCCGGUUGAACAAGCUUAAAUUCUUGAGUUUUAAAAAACAAAAAUCAGAAGUAGGCCUCGAAGAUGGAGUGUGCUUUGUGUUCCCUCAGGUGAAUGACGGAUUACGCUCAUUGGAAGAUUUGGAUCUCAGUUACUGCAAUCUAAUAGAUGGAGGACUUCCGGAAGACAUUGGAUCCUUGUCCUCUUUGAAAGAGUUGAGGCUUGCGGGAAAUAAUUUUGAGCAUUUGCCUCGAAGCAUAGCCCAACUUGGUGCUCUUCGAUGCUUGAAGUUAGCAACACUUGCGUGA